AUGGAAGAGAUGGACCAAGCAGCCAUAGACAUGCAGUACCAGCUCCUCGCCGGCUACCGCACCCGCACAGCGCAACCGCGGUCCUCGGAGAGCGAGCGCAUCCGGUACCGCGCCUACACGGACGACGACAUGGCGGCCGCGGCGCGCGCCAUCGUCGAGGACGGCAUGUCGCUGCGGCGCGCCGCGGUCACGUUCAACGUGCCGCGGACGACGCUGGGCGAGCGCGUGGGCGACGCCCGACCGCGCGUUAUGCCCGCGCGCAACAAGCAGACCGCCGACGGCCAACGCAAGAACGCCACGCGCUACACGUGGAGCGAGGCCGACAUGGCCAAGGCGGUCGCCGCCGUGCAGGAGAGCGGGACUGAUGGCGGCCCGGCCCCGGCCCCGGCCCCGGCCAAAACCGCCGUCAACGCCGCCGCGAAGCGCUUCGGCGUCCCGGCCAGCGCCCUCAACGCGCGCAUGCGCGGCCGCGCGCCCCGUGAGCUCAGGGGCGAGACGAGCCGCCUCACGCUCGAGCAGGAGCGCCUGCUGGCGGACUGGGCGGCCGCGCAGGGCGCGCUCGGCUUCCCGCCGGCCAAGGACGACGUCUUCGACCUGGCGGACCGCGUCCUGAGGAAGCAGCAGCUGGGCCAGGGCAAUGCGGAUGAUAAGAAGAGGCUGGGCAAGCAGUGGAUCAACCACUGGAUGCGGCGCCAUCCAGACGUCGAGGUCUUGGAGUGGAAGGACCACUCGGCUCCAGCUCGGCCCCCGCGGCCGGCGGUGCUGACGGCGGGGGCGAAUCAGGAGGCGAACCCGGAGGCGAACCCGGAGGCGAACCCGGAGGCGAAUACUGAGGCUACUCCUGAGGCGUUCUCGGCGAGUACGUUUGAGGUUGUGGAUGGGUAG